CGCAGACUCGCUACCAGUCCGGGUAAAUAAUCGGGAACCACAGGUCGGAAUCGUCGAUCCACGGAAGAGGUUUAUAUCGUUUCACAAGGCAAGUUGUCUUGUGUAUUGAUAAUUCAAGCUGGGAGUUCUAUCGUCGAAAAUGAAUGCCUUAUUUGGGACAAGUACUCCGUUCGAAACGAAAAAGUCGCCGAUAACUGAUGUAUAUACCAUUACAACUACGGUUCUUGGGGUCGGCAUUAACGGCAAAGUUGUUGAAUGUGUAGAGAAAAAAACCGGGUUUAAAUACGCGUUAAAGGUAUUGCAAGAUAAUGCAAAAUCAAGAAGAGAGUUAGGUUUACAUUGGAAGGCUGGUGCAUGUCCAUUUAUUGUUAAGAUUAAAGAGGUUUAUGAGAAUAAAUUUAUGAGACGAGACUCUUUACUGGCUGUCAUGGAGUGUAUGACUGGUGGAGAGUUAUUUGAAGCUAUUCAACGUAGGUCUGAAACACAUCAGCCAUUCACAGAAAGAGAGGCUGCGGAAAUAAUUCGAACAGUCACACUUGCUCUUGCUCACUUGCAUUCAAUGGACAUUGCUCAUCGUGAUUUAAAGCCUGAAAACUUACUUUUCACAAACAAGCAGCCAAAUGCUGUGCUGAAAUUGACAGAUUUUGGAUUUGCAAAGGAAACAACUCCUGAUAAAUUAACCCUACAGACACCAUGCUAUACACCUUACUAUGUAGCUCCAGAAGUACUUGGCCCUCAAAUGUAUGACAAAUCGUGUGAUAUGUGGUCGUUAGGUGUAAUUAUGUAUAUCUUGCUUUGUGGAUUUCCGCCAUUUUACAGUAACCAUGGCGCAGCGAUUUCACCCGGUAUGAAGAAACGUAUCCGACAGGGACAAUAUAGUUUUCCAGAUCCAGAGUGGAGUAAUGUCUCGACACAAGCAAAAGAAUUGAUUCGAGGGCUACUGAAGACAAACCCACACGAAAGAUAUACGGUCGAAAAAGUUAUAAAUAAUCCUUGGAUAAAGGCAUAUACUGAAGUUCCGUCAACACCUCUACAUACAGCUAGUGUUUUAAAAGAUGAAACAGACAAUUGGGAAGAUAUGCAGGCUGAGUUCGACCUGACGCUGCAGUCAAUGCGUGUUGACUUCGAGAAACCAAUCAUAUUGAAGACUGUAGACAAAGCAAAGAACUCGCUUCUUGGAAGAAGAAAAAAGUCAAAAGAAAGCUCAAAGUAACGUUUGUUAUUGUAUAAUUGCCGUUAGGUUGAAACAAUUAUUUUUAAAUUGUUCGUAGACCGUUAUUUUAGGAAGUAAAUUUUACCUUAUACGUAUACGUGUAAGUUUAAAUUGUGAACUGAACUUGCUUUGGCAUAUAGAAUGUGGUAUUUAGUGAUAAAUCACUCAUCGUAUAACGUACAAUAUUUUGAAUAUCUUUUGAUAUUUCAAAUGAUUCAGAAAGUGAUCUUUUAUAAUCAAUGUCGAAAAAAUAUGCAAAGAAAAUAUUUCUCUCGCUUUGUUUCACAAUAUUUUACGGUUUUUAGCAUUUUCCCUCAAAACAUUUAAUUUCCGAAAUCCGCAAUCGAAGUCUAAGAAUAUUAGGAUUGUUGAAAAUUGUAUGCCUCUUAAAAUGACUAAUAAAACAAGAUGAUUUGACGUAAUAUUUUUUGA